GCUAGUCUUUGAUUGAAAUCAUAGGGCUAUAGGGAAUCUCAAUUUCACCGUUCACCAGUCAUUUUUCUUCCAACAGAUUGUCUCUCUAGUACUGCGCACAUUUUGGGAGUUGCCUCUGACUUGUCGCAUGUGCAGGCUCACAGAAAAUUCAACGGUUUCAGAUGUGCUCUCUUCUUGUGUGCUGCUCAUAGGUGCUCUUUGCUGCUUUGGUUUCCAAAAAGACGCCCACGUAGAGAGGGUACAAGGCAGCAGCUCGUGAAGCUAAACGAAGACUUUGCUGGGUGGAGACUUGCUUGCAGGGAGGUAGUUCUUUGGCUCACGUUGCUUUGGAGAUGUUGAUCGAAUGGGGAGUAUUGCUGCGACCAGACAAGCAAGGUUCGCCGCGCUAUGCCAGCCAAGAACUCCUGCCACGCCUAGGUCGUUUAGCACGAGGUGAAGAUCCUGAGCUUCCCGGCAGAUUGCGGCUUGCUGCGCAUCUUUGUGGGGAUGACUGUUUAAGGGCCAUUAAUGGUGACAUCCAGCACAUCAAGGAGUUGCAAAAGGUGCUCGGCUUCCGGCGAAUGCAGCUCAAUCCGACCAAGGCAAAUCAGGCAUCUGGCUGGAAAGCUGUAGAAGCUGCUGCGAAUUUGCGAAAACUUUCCGAAGCCAUGCCCGAGCUGGAACUGAUUCUGCAGGUGAACGAGGAAACACAAGAACUUUUCAGACUUCUCUUCAAGGGUGACGUGCCUCCACCGGCAAACUUGGUGGUGCUGCUUGAUGCUUCAUGUGGUCUUGGACUAGCACCAACUAGUUGGUCACCGCCAGAAGGUGUUCGUCGCUUUGGCUUUGCCGGUGGCCUUGGCCCCUCGACAGUGCUGCCACAGCUGGAGGCCAUGAGCCGUGCUUGUGAGGCCAACUACAAGGAUGCGGUCGUGUGGAUUGACAUGGAAACCCACAUCCGAAGCAAGGACAGCGGUCGUGACAUUUUUGACCUGUCAUUGGUCCGUGUGGUUGCGCAGAAAGUUGCUGAGAGUGGCUGGUUGCUCAAAAGCAACCUGUAGACUGUAGAAAUUUGUAGACUCUAGCUCACCACAGAAGGUACUAGAAGCACUCAAAGGUCUGGCGCAUGCAUUGGUCAAAA